ACCAGUUAUUACUUAUUAGUAUGUCGGUGUUUCACGACGAAGUUGAAAUCGAGGACUUUGAGUACGACGAGGAGACGCAGACUUACACGUACCCGUGUCCGUGUGGCGACCAAUUUCAAAUUACGAAGGAGGAAUUGGAGUGUGGUGAAGAUGUAGCAACGUGUCCAAGUUGUUCUCUUGUUGUGCGAGUCAUCUACGAUCCGGAUGAUUUUCUACCCGGAGAAGAGGCAACGUCAAUACAGGAAAAAGAAGCGCUCGUGGCAUAACAAAAUGGAUUGAGAUUUAUUAAUAAUCGUGCAGUUAUUUAUAUGGAGACGUUGAACUUCUUGCUGGAAAAUUUGAGAUUGUUAUUACUUAGCUUAUGUUAGGCUUUGUGAUGGAUUGACAUCACUAAAUCAGUGUGUUUUAUUUGUCUUUUCGUACUUUCAUGGUUGUUGCCGUAA